CUAUACAUUAGUCAAGCCUCUGAUAUUCAGAUAUCAGUCAUUCACUAAAGCUACUUCUACUAUUUUGCUUUACUGAUGGACGGCCGUCACCGGCCUAGUCCGUUCCGAGUUGUCAGGACAGGACAAACUUCUUCCGCACUGGCUGAGAAUGAACCCCCUCUGCUAGUGACCAACAUUAACACUAACUGCAACAAUAGGAGUCCAGCGACAUGAGAGAAAUAGAACUCGUGGCAAACGACGAACGAAACAACGGUAAAAAGAAGAAAUUUGACAAAGGAUCUUAUUACCAUUUCUACUACUACUACUACUACCGCCACCACCAUUACUACGACUAUAACUACGCUAACUGUGCUUUACGACUGACAAGCCACAACCAGCAUCACAGGAACAGCUAUGCCGAAGUCUUCGUGAAUUCGGCAAAACUUUACAAACUUAUUGACUGUUGCUCGCUGCUAGUGAGUUUGGUCUUUUGGUACCCUACCAAAGGCACAGCCACUAGUACAGCAGCAGUAGUAGCAACAUCGCUGCAGUUACCGUUAUUAUUUAUAUUAUUAUCAUUACAAUCGUGGACAGUCAGUGAAUCUGUCAACAUUCAUAACAAACCCAUAGAAUUCGACAAACAGGAAGGCCACAUCGUUAAGUGUUGUUGUAUCUACGAUAACAAUAAGCCCGAGUAUUGGAGGUUAUCACCGACGUCCGUCGCCAGGUGCCCGGCGGCUUUUGACGGUGGUGACCUGGGGGCUUGUCGGUGAUCCUGCCGUGUUCGAUCGCUGCUUCUGACCCCUUCUCGAACUACCGGCAUUAGGAUGUAAAUGUUGCUGCGCUGCUACAGUGUGUGGUGGUUUAGUCGAGCACUGCCGCUUCAUGCCGAGUCGGGAGUUUAGUAAUGUGUUCAGAUGUGUUGAAGACAACAGCCACAGCGUUCCGACAAUUCAGUCAGGUUAACAACUCCAUUCUCAUCUCUGUGCUUCUCUUACUCACUUUUAGCCAGGGACUCGGCUGUAUGUCUCUUCCUUUGUCCGAAUUCUUCCCAUUCAACAAUACAACUUACGGUUUUAAUACCACCGAAAUUUCAGACGAUGGCUCAUCGCCAGCUAUUAGGAUUACCAAUGUUGGCAAAGACGGCAAGCAUGGAUUUCCUCUCUUUCAGAAUCAUUACGAAACUUUAUACGUGAACACUAAUGGAAUAAUAUCAUUCACUUAUAAAGAAAGUUCAUACACUCCUGUAGACUUUCCCCGGAAUAAUUCCUUCCCAGUGAUUGCUCCAUUUUGGGCAGAUAUUGACAUUGAAAGUGUCGGUGGCACUGUCUACUACUUGGAAUCUAGUGACGAAAAUUUGUUGGCUUUAGCCUCUGCAGAAGUUCGUAAAUAUUUUCCCUAUCGUAGGAAUUACAAUGCAAAGUGGAUAUUCAUUGCAACAUGGUACAAUGUCGGAUAUUACCAGGCUAGAGAUCUUAAGAAAAAUUUGAGAAAUACAUUCCAAGCUGUUCUCAUUACCGACUGGGAACAAUCAUUUGCUAUUUUCAACUACAACAAAAUUCAGUGGGUAUCACGCAAGAACCAGACGUCGAGUGGCUCAAGAGAAGUGCAGAUUUCAGAUGCUGCAAUGGCUGGACUUGAUGCAGGAAACGGUGCUGCACAUUACCAGAUCGAAGGAACCCGAUCUGCCCUCAAUAUCUCACAGAGCAGCAAUAUUGGUACACCUGGUAAAUGGUUCUUCCGGAUUGAUCUGACCGACGUUCAGUUUGAACCUUGCAUGGACGAGAAAUUAUCAGUAACUCCAAGAUUCGGACAUAUGCUUGGUGGCCAGCCCUUAACUCUUUAUGGACUUUGCUUUCCACAAGUUGAAUCAUUCACUGCAGUAUUUAAGGAACUCAAUAUUACAUUCCCAUGUAUGGUCAAAGACAUUCUCAUAGCAAGCUGUGUCACCCCCAUGCUUUAUACCACUGGGGAUUUUACCUUGAAUCUUAACUUCACACCAAAACAGAGCAUGUUUGAAGAGAAAUUUUCUGUUGUAAACUUUGCCAUGGCAGUACCACGAGUAAUACGUGAGCAACCCCGUCGAUGGAUAAUUGGAAGCGAAGUUUUCAUAUCAUGGAAUGCAAGUGAACUUCCUUCUUCUAAAUUCCGUGUUGACCUUUUAGGAUUAGAGUUAAAUGGUAGUUUUUUUAAAUGGCACUUGGUGAAGAAUUUCCACAGCACUGGUGAACACAGCAUGACGUUGGCUCUAGAAGAUAACCUGUUGAACUAUAGUACAGCUAUCAUACGAGUCCUUGAAGAUGACAAUCGGCGGCAGCUAAGUUUUCCAGUUACUCUUUGGUCUGACAUGUUUCCUGUCAAUGGUGGAGAGAAAAAUUCUCAAGAAAGAUGUGAAAGAUGGUUGGCAGAAGACCACCCCAAUUUAGAUAUUAACCCCAACAUGUGUCCAUGUGCGUUACGGCAAGCAAGUCGGGACACAAGCCGUUAUCAAAAAGAUCCCCUUUGUAAUACUAAUUCCCCAAACAAAGCCCUCAAUUGUAUAUAUCAUCCAAAAGCUACUGAAUGUGUCAUUUUAAACUCACAGAGUACAACCAAUGCAGGCCAGUCGUGUUGCUAUGGUGGCAGAAACAACAGUUUACUAGAGUGGCAGUCUCAUUCAGACUGUGGUUAUGUUUACCGAUAUAACAACCAAGCUCAGGGAGAUGGAAUCGUGCCACACUUAACACAUUUCGAGUCAGAUAUUAUACCAUUCUUACACUGCUGCAUGUACUCAGGAAAACAGAAACUGUGCCAGAAAUUCUUCCAAUGGAGACCUGCUACCAAAUGUAACGCUUACAAUCCUCCAUCGCCUGCGCAGGCAGCUGGUGACCCUCACCUGGUAACGUUAGAUGGCAAGAAGUACACAUUCAAUGGUCUGGGUGAGUUCAUUCUGCUGCAGGACAAAAGCAAAUCUGUUGUGAUCCAGGUGAGAGCUGCCCAAGCUCGUGAUAUUGAUGAUAAACUACAAAAUGCCACGGUGUUUACUGGGAUAGCUAUGAAAAUGAAAGGCAUAUCAGAAAUAAUUGAAAUUGAAAUUAAUGAGCAGACUAAUUAUAGACUGCUGCUUGAUGAGAAAGAAUAUAAAUAUGAAAAACUUGAAUUUCAAGGACUGACAAUCAACAUCCAUGAGAACCAUGAGAACUCCACAGACAUAAUGGUUGUCUUCUCUUCUCACGAACUCUCUAUUGAAAUUGAGGUCACUCCUGACGUCAUGAAUAUUCUUGUUCUGAUGGGAUCAAAAGCUUUAAGAAACAAUGUAGAAGGGUUGCUAGGUAACUAUAAUGGCAACAUAUCAGAUGACUUCAGAGCACGAGAUGGAACCAUAAUACCAACCAGUUCCAGUAUGGAGGACAUCCAUUAUAAAUUUGGUAAUACAUGGAGGGUUGCAGCGAAAGACAGUUUGUUUUCCAAGUCCUACAAACCAGCAACGCCAGAAGAAGACAAUUACCAACCAGUUUUCAUCGACAAACUGGAUGAAAACAACCUUCGAAAUGGCACCAUUAAGCUCUGUGGGGAUGUAGCACCUUGUCGAUUUGACUUUCAGGUUAUUGGGAAGCCAUCAGUUGCCUUGGCUAUAAAGAACUUUGUGGCUAAAUUUUCAGCCCUCAAAAAAGACAUAGAAAUUGAAAUUCGAUGUCCUUCAAUUGAGUUCUUGGAGAAUGGUAAUAUGACCAUCAGUGGUCAUUUACCAGGCGAUUAUGCCUUGUUCCAGUGUGACCCAGGCUUCACACAUUUCCAUGCCCACCAGCUGCUCUGUUCAUCAAAUGGCACUUGGAAUGGCACAGUGGCAAAAUGUCUCAAAAGUGUUGCAGACACAGGACAACCAGAGGUCUGGUACUACUGGGCAGGUGGUACCGGUGCCUUGCUAGCUCUCAUCCUGAUAUUCCUAAUUAUAUUUUUUAAAUGUCGAAGACCAUCAGUACGUCAAACGUUCAGGAAAGACGACGUACCUCUACCUCCCAUUGUACGCUUCCAUAAACCACCACAACCAAUUUUCACAAACUCUCUUUUCUUACAAAGUUUACAAAGACUACAUGAAGGAGGAGACUUCAGAAUUCCUCGACCGACCUUUAUAGACCCAAAAAUAUAUGAAGACUAUUUUUAGUUGUUUUUUUUUAUUAAUGAAAUAUAUAUAUAUAUAUAAUAUAUAUAUAUAUGUGUGUGUGUGUGUGUGUUUUGGUUGGUAGUUAAGAUGUGUAUAUUACAACUGUUAACCAAAACCCAUUUUAGUUCCUCCGAUCUCAAAUCAGCCCGUUCCCCUCCCCCCACCGCAAUUACUGUAUAAUAUUCAAAGGAGGGGGAGAUGUCUUCCAAUGUAGACAUUGUAUAAUAGUUACCAAAAAAGAGAUUUUUUUUUUUUCCCCACCUACUGAAACCAACAACCCCUCCCCCACCCUUUUUUUUUUUUUUUCCUUCCUUAGAUCUAUCAUUCAUUCAGGGAACUGCUCAGGAAUUGUUUUCCUUGCUACCAAAAUGUUCGCACUACUAACCAAAACCGUGAGGGAAAGGCAUCAAAGACUUUACAGUGUGCUGGGGAAUCUGUUGAGAUUUUUUCAUUAAAAAGGAUACAAGAAUCAAAAAAUAGAGAGAGAAAAAGGGGGAAAAGUUAUUGAUAAAAGUUGCUUCCCUACCCCAAUAACUCUUUUUCUCAGAACAAAUAUGAUUUAUAUGUAUGUAUAUGUAUAUAUCUAUAUGUAUAUAUAUGUAUGUAAAACAAAAAAAACAAAAAAAGAUUGCUGUCUUCUAAUGAAAUUUUCCUCCCAUUAGUAAAGUCACUUGAGAUUGAACCAAAGAACAGCUGAAUGACAGGAACCAAGCCCUGACAGCUCAUUGCUACAACUGCAUUAGAAGAAAGGUUUUUAAUUAGCAAUGAUUAUGAGAAUAACAAGUUACAGACUUAUCUGGAGUUUUAGACUAAUGAAGUUCAUUCAGUUACUUACAUACAUAUAUAUAUAUGGAUAUUAUAAUCACAAGCACAUGUGUACAUUAUAUAUAUAUAUAUAUAUAUAUAUAUAUAAUGUGUGCAACAACAUACACACUUUGCUGUAGCCCCCAGAAGUGACCCCUUUCCCUCACCGACACCCUCUCAGCUCACUUUUCAGAAGACAAACAAGCAGAAUGAGAAACAGGCAGACGAGACUCAAAAACCUGCUGCUAGUAUCAUUCAUUGGCAGGUAUUAAGGAUUAUCGCAUACCUGCACAUGUACAAAAACCUAUGUGCAGAUAUGUACAUGUACAUUUAUGUGUGUGCUUUUAGCAGAGCUAUGAUCAAAGGCAUUCCAGCCAUGGACAUCCUGUCUUUUGUGUGUGUGUGUGUAUCAGGGACUGCAUUGUCCAAUUUGUCUUUCUUUAAGACCGCUGAGUGUGAUUUGAUUCCUCGUUUCUUGUGAGAUGAGCAACCACAUUGAGGUUUUCUCCUUGGCUCAUAAUUCUGUGUGUGCCACCUCUAAAUCCUCUUCUCAUAUAUACCUUGUUGUAUACACAGAUUUUGUAAUAAAACACCUGCUUAGAUACAGGUGUGUAAAUGCAGAAUAAGAUGGUGGUGUGGCCGAAACAGGAAGCCAAACUAAAUCCAUUACUACAAUGUGUAGAAUUUGCCAACAUGGACCUGCUGCAUGGCUGGCCUUCUCCUUUUCCUUUCGACCCAGCUAACCUGGUUGAGUAUAAAUGUCCACUUUUCGAAAUGAGUGCCCAUCUGGCAGGAUGACGGCAUCAAAAUGUUGUCCAUUCCUGCAGCAGUACAAUCGCCAUUCCAUGGGCUCUUUGUUGUUAUCCGUUCACACACCUGAACGAUGUAGUGGAAUACUGCCAAGAGACAGCCAUAUCUAUCUAUCUCUAAGAACAUAAAUUUAGGCUCUAUGUUGCCAGAUGAGGGGUAAGCACUGUCUUGAUCCCCAUCAUCGUUCAUAGUCAUAUCGUGUGAAGGGUUCAAUAUAGAAGAGCUGUUUGUUAUUUAACACGUUGUCUCCCACACAGCCCAGCAGAAGGUUGUGAUGGAAUGUUUGCAAGACCCAAACGUCACUUCCAUAAUCUUUGCAUCACAUAUGAUAUGGUACCCAAAUCAAAAUUAAUCAAGAUAUUGUGCUGGUACCCUGGGACAAAACAAGAAAUGGGGCUCAGGAGCCAACAUGUUAAAUCAGCAGCAGUCUUGCUAUUUGAGUGUAUUCCUAGUUUUCGAAAGGCAUACCUUAUCCUUUACAUGUACUAAAAGGGGUUGGUGUUAGGAAGGGCAUCUGGUUAUAAAGCAUUACCUCCAAAAGUCCAACUCAUGGUAGUGUGGAAAAGCAGAGAUGGAAAUUUUGAUGAUGAUAUCACAGAAAUAUCCAGAGAGAUGCAAUCAUUCACACAAACAAAAUUAACCCUUUAGCAUUCAGAUUACUGUGUCAGAUAUGAUACUUAUUUAUUCACAGUUUUAAAUGAAUCUUGCGUUAUAGAUUUCGAUGAUGUGAUUGUUUAUUUUUAGAAUGAUAUUGUAGGGUAGGCAUGAGAGGUUGGAUCUGGUCAGUUUGAAGAUUAAACGGGUGGAAUAUUUGGGCCGAAUAUGGUCAGUAUAAAUGCUAAAGAGUUAAAAAAAAAAAAGUUCAGAGACAGUGUUGCAUAUUUGAAGCCAUAGCUGUACACAUUGAUACUCCCUUUAUACUCCUGCUUGUUUCUCUUUCUCUUCGUCCACUUGUACAUAAAUUCCUCUUAACAUUUCAUCCCCCCACUUCCUCACAUCACUCCACUAAAUACUCAUAUGGCACCCUUGUAAAAUAUUAAAAAAAAAACCUCUUCUUCUCUCCUUCACACUCAUAAGUCUAUGAAUUCAUUCUUGUAUUCUUUUAAUGGUCCCCACUACAUAUAUAUAUGUAUAUAUAUAUAUAUAUGUGUGUAUGUAUAUAUAUGUAUGUAUAUAUAUAU